UCUUUUGCUAGUCCCUCCGCCAAUAGGGCCUUAUUGCCCUUGAACGUAGCCAAGAUGGCAGCGUCGUGUUUUGUACCCAUGUGUAUUCGGGCUAGUCGGAGUAUUUGUGCCACAGUACCUCGCCUACGUGAUAAUUCUUGUAGUUACGUAAUUCGAAAUAAAAGGGAGGUAAAGUGGCUUUUGGUGGGUGGUGGACGGACAUUUUCAGUGGAGCCUGAUAAAGGAGUGGAUGGAGGAAAGGGGACUGGUGGUCUGGCACAGGCCAUUCUUCAGGAGAAACUCCAGCAACAGCAGGCAAGAGUUGCUGAUACUGGAGAUGGAAAGGGAGACACCAGCUCAGACCAGAAAGAGGGAGCGGAUGAGGAAAAAAAGAAGAAAGAGAACACUGCUUAUGCCAAAAAAGUAGUACUGAGACUUGCAGGACUUCUAGGAGUAGGGGGCGCUGUAACAAUUGUGUAUAUAUUUGGUAACAGCUCAGUGGAUGAACAGGGAAAUAAGAUCCCUGAUGAGUUUGAUAAUGAUCCACUUGUUAUCCAGCAGCUUCGAAGAACUUGCAAGUACUUUAAAGAUUAUAGGCAGAUGAUAAUAGAGCCUACUAGUACAAACCUGUUGCCAGACCCCUUAAAAGAGCCAUACUAUCAGCCUCCGUACACUCUUGUAAUAGAACUGACAGAUGUCCUACUUCAUCCAGAGUGGUCGCUUGUAACAGGCUGGCGCUUUAAGAAGAGACCAGGAAUCGAGAACCUGUUCCAGCAGCUGGUCCCACUGUAUGAAAUUGUCAUCUUCACAUCAGAAACAGGCAUGACUGCAUUUCCUCUCAUAGACAGCAUAGAUCCCCAUGGGUAUAUUUCAUAUCGUUUGUUCCGAGAUGCUACACGUUACAUGGAAGGACACCACGUGAAGGACAUUUCCUGCUUGAACCGAGACCCUUCCAAAGUGAUUAUAGUUGACUGUAAAAAAGAGGCAUUCAAACUGCAGCCGUACAAUGGUUUGGUAAUGAAGAAGUGGAACGGAAGCUCUGAUGACAGAACACUGUAUGACUUGACGUCAUUGCUUAAAACAAUCGCCAUGAAUGGUGUUGAGGAUGUAAGGACGGUAUUAGAAAACUAUGCGUUAGAAGAUGAUCCACUUGAAGCAUUUAAACGCAGACAAGCACAAUUAGCUCAGGAGGAAGAAAUGAGACUGGCUGACUUAUCCAAGCAGCAGAAUAAAGGUUUCUUUUUGGGAUCUCUAACAAAUCGGCUAUGGAAAUCCAAACAACAGUGACAUAGAUAGUAGCAAGUGUGGUGGGAGACGAUGGAAGUGCAAGUCCUUUAGAAAAAGAUCCUAGUGUCAGGACCUGCUUCAGAUUUUUAGACUGCUCUUCUGUCAUUUUAUUCCACAGCAGCAGUUAGAGCAACACAGCGGUCCAGUUUGUAACUUUUAAGAAUUUGCAGACUUCUGGUCUUGGUAGUAAUGAGCAUGUGCAGUCAGCUCUCUGCCUAUUCCUAUUAGCCCAGCUCUUUGAUGUUGUGCAGUGCACCUGUGUCACACCAUUUUAUCCCAUCUCAUUCAUGCCAUUCAUUUUUGUAUUCCUUUUACUCGAUGAGAACCAAAUGAAAACACCAGAGGUCCUUAGUCAUCAUAUGAAGAACUGGAUGGAAGAUGAAGUAUUUUUUCAGAGAGAGAGAGAGCAGUUAAACUUGUGGGACUGUCAUCUCAAGUUCAUCACUGGUUCUGUACACAGUUGCAUCAAUGAAUGAAAUGCAUUGGUUAGGCUUUGCACUGGCAACACGGACUUGCUCUUCCUGCACUUUGUGAUGAAGAGAACAAUUCCAAAGACAUGUCUGUACAUUUUCAAUAUAAGAUGUGGUCUUCUCUCAUUUUUUUUUAUAUUACCAUGAUAUUAAUAAGUUGCCUGGAUGCACGACUCCAAAUUAAAGACAAGCCAGAACACAAGAACAUCUGGUUCGGCAUAUAACACACAAACCUUUGUGAUUAAACUUGUCUGUGUAAGGGCUAGUUGGUAUGUUAUGUCCAGCAUAGAUUUAGAUUCCUAGAGUGUUGCAGAAUCUGGACAUAUACCCCUUCUCUUCUGCUGUGAAAAGCAAACAAAAAAAAAAAGAAAGAAAAAACAAAUGGGUUUAUAUUAUAGAUAAUAUUUCAUUAUGUUGACUAUUGUUCUUCACAGCCUGUAUGGUAAUCAGUUGGAAGUAUGAAUUAUGUGCAUAAUGUUUCUGUAAGCAGAAGAGACUAUGCUCUUACAGGUUUGUCUGAAACUGUUCUUGUAAUGUUCUACAACAGAAUGUGUAAAAGAAGUGUAAUAAAACAGCUCACUUCUCCGCAACAUCAUGACAUGUAACAUGUUUAGACUUUAUAUCACUCAUUUGAUGACAUUUGUGCCUGAUGUACUUUUGUGAACUUCUGGAUGGUGCUCUUAAACAUGUGGGUGAAUAUUCAUGCACCAGUCUUACACCCAUCAGUUAUAAUCCUAAGACUGAUUUUUGGGUCAUAUGAAGCUUCCAAAACUCUUAAUUGUUGUACCAUCACCAGAGGCUAAAGCAUUUUAUCUGUGAAUAUUUUUCUAUUUAUUUCAUUCGGUUUUGAUCUUUUAGAGUGAAAUAAACUGGCUCAAAGUGCCAGAUUUUGAAUGA